AUGGACCUUCUUAAUCCUCCCCUGCUCGACAUGGCCAACUUCCAUUAUCAAAACCCCCACGUUCAACCUCACAUCCACUCUUUCGACCAAAACGAGUCCAACUUCAUCACUCCUCCCCCAGCGCCUUUUUUGAAAGCGCCUCCACCUCCUCCCUCCGCCUUCUUGCAACCCCCACCAGAAGAGCAAGAUAUCUAUGGCCACGCUUUUGCUGCCGAGGGAACGGGAACCCUCGGCCCCCACGGCUCAAUGCAAAGCCAACACCACAAUCACCAUCACAGUCAAGUCCCACAUCCUCAACACAGUCAAGUCCAACAUCAACAACACAGCCAUAACUUCCAUCAUCCUUCGUUUCCUCCUCCUGGAGAGGAGCACGGCCCCUUUGCGCCGCUACCACCAGCGGCCAUGACUCCCACAUCGCUUGCACCUCAAUUCCCGCAAGGCUUGCCCUCUGAGCACCUCUCCAUCGAUAAAGACCCCUUGGCCAUCACCGACACUGGCUUGUCACUUGGCCAGGGCCACUUGCACAAUUUGCACAAGUUCGACUGUUUUGAGGACAACACCGCAAACGAUAUGAGACUUUUGAUGUACGGUUUUGCUCCUGGAGCACCUCUUGAUACGAGCGCUGUGGGGGUGAUGAUGACCAACGAGCUCCCCGUGGCGCCACAGGUUCCAAUGCCUGCCGAGCCAAUUGACGCCAUCGAGCCCAAGACAGUUGAACAGACGGUCGAGCCCGAGCAGCUCGAGCCCCAGGCCCAGCAGAUGGGCUCCGUUUCCGCCAGCAGCAAGCUGGUGAAAUCCAAGACAUUAAAACAAAAGGCAAGGGGCAAGUCCCAGCGCAAACGUAAUUCCAAUGCAUCCUCAAGAGACUCCUACAGCACAAACAUGUCAAUGGAGCUGUUUGAGACGCUGAGCCCGGCCACAAGCAUUUCCAGCCCAAAGAAAACCCCCAGAAGCCCUGCGAGCCCUUACCAGCUACCAAGACCGCCCACGCCGCCGGCCCACCACUGCAAGAUCGUCCGAGGAAUUGCCUCGGGUGGCGCUAAUACCCAUCCUCCAGAGCCUCUGCAAAAGAACAUGUGCCAUUUGCCGGUGGAGCUCAAGUUUGGCGGCAUGGUCGCCGAACAGGUGUAUAAGGAGCCGUGGUCGCUUGGCGAGAAGCUCGAUCGCCGUAGAAUCGUCAGGAUAGAGCGCAGACAGAGAGGACAUGUCAUUUUCGUUGACUUCUCCAUCGUCGGGUGCGCCAACGAGCACCCAAAACCAGAACCACCUCCACCCGAAACAGAUGUGAUUGAAGUCUCGUGCUUAGCUUGGGAAAAAGCCAGUGACGAGGACGAGCCCGGCACACACUACUACAUCACGUCAGUCGAGGUGGUUGGGUUGGUGGAAACCCUAAUUCAGUCGAAGUUGAUGGAGCCAAAGCUCCGUUGCAGAGAACGCGGGCGUAUCCGGCUGAACUUGUUGACCUUCUGGCUGAAGGCCUCGUACCACCUGAAGACCAAAGAGCGGGCCGACGGCCACAGAGCCAAGUUUGCCCGCCUGAUCAUGUCCUACGAGGUCCGCAAGCCCAGAGGGUUUGACAAAGGGUUCCGUAUUCUUCGUUGGGACAGACUCGUGCCGGCUUUGCAGCGGGCGUUACAGUGUUACUACGCUGAGAUGACGAAAGAAGAAAUGCACAUGUACAGCAAUAUGGACUACUAG